AUGUGCUUCCUGCCGGGCCAAGUUCGCGGAGCGCCGCCGCACGUCGGGCCAGCGGAGCGGAGCCGCAGCGGAGCGGGGCGCGGGGCAGCGGGCGCGGCUGCUGCGCGGCGCGGCGGGGCAGGCUCGGCGGAGCGCCGGCUGCAGCCUCGGGGCGCGCUCGCCCGGCCCCGGCGGCCCCUGCCCGCCCGCACGAUGCCGCGGCGGCGCGGCUGCCUGCCGCCCGUCCUGUGCGCGCUGGCCGCCCUCAGCCUGCCGCUGCUGCUGGCCGCCGAGCCCCGCGCCAAAAGUUGCUCCGAAGUGCGGAGGCUCUACGCCGCCAAGGGCUUCAGCCAGAGCGAGGCGCCCAGCCACGAGAUCAGCGGUGACCACUUGAAAGUCUGCUCGCAAGGCUACACAUGCUGCUCUCAAGAAAUGGAGGAGAAGUACAGUCAGCAGAGUAAACAUGACUUCAGAAAUGCUGUUGUAGAGCUUAGCAAUCACCUACAAACCAUGUUUAGUUCUCGAUACAAGAAGUUUGAUGAGUUCUUCAAAGAGCUUCUCGAGAACGCUGAGAAGUCGCUGAACGACAUGUUCGUGCGGACGUACGGCCGGUUGUACAUGCAGAACUCGGAGCUGUUCAAGGACCUCUUUGUGGAGCUGAAGCGCUACUACGUGGGCGGCAACGUCAACCUGGAGGAGAUGCUCAACGAGUUCUGGGCGCGCUUGCUGGAGCGCAUGUUCCGGCUGGUCAACCCCCAGUACCACUUCACGGAUGAGUACCUGGAGUGUGUCAGCAAGUACACGGAGCAGCUGAAGCCCUUUGGGGACGUGCCGCGGAAGCUCAAGCUGCAAGUGACGCGAGCCUUCGUGGCCGCCCGCACCUUCGCGCAGGGCCUUGCCGUCGCGAGGGACGUCGUGAGCAAAGUGUCCGCGGUGAACCCCACGCCACAGGGUACACGAGCACUGCUGAAAAUGAUGUACUGCCCACACUGCCGAGGUUUGGUAUCAGUGAAGCCCUGUUACAACUAUUGCUUUAACGUCAUGAGAGGCUGCUUGGCCAACCAAGGGGACUUGGAUGCUGAGUGGAAUAUCUUUAUGGAUUCGAUGCUGCUGGUAGCAGAAAGGCUGGAGGGUCCCUUCAACAUUGAGUCAGUCAUGGACCCCAUUGAUGUGAAAAUUUCAGAUGCGAUCAUGAACAUGCAGGAGAACAGCAUGCAGGUGUCUCAGAAGGUUUUCCAGGGAUGUGGCCAGCCAAAAACACUUGCCCAAGGCCGGACUGCUCGCUCUGUCUCUGAAAGUGGUUUCAGUGCUCGUUUCAGACCCUACAACCCCGAGGAGCGGCCAACUACAGCUGCUGGCACGAGCUUGGACCGACUGGUUACUGAUGUGAAAGAGAAGCUGAAGCAAGCCAAAAAGUUUUGGUCAUCUCUCCCUGGCAACAUUUGCAAUGAUGAAAAGAUGUCUGUAGGCACUGUCAAUGAGAACGAGUGCUGGAAUGGGAGCGCCAAGAGCAGGUAUGACUUUGCGGUGACUGGAAAUGGCUUAGCGAGUCAAGUGAACAACCCGGAGGUGGAAGUUGAUAUUACCAAGCCAGACAUGGUGAUUCGCCGGCAAAUCAUGGCUCUGCGGGUGAUGACCAACAAGCUGAAGAACGCGUACAGUGGGAACGAUGUCGACUUCAUUGACAUAAGUGAGGAGAGCAGCGGGGAGGAGAGCGGCAGCGGCUGCGAGCUCCAGCAGUGCUCCCCGGAGUUCGAGUUCAACGCCACCGAGGUCACUCGGAACUCCAACAAGAGCGAUAAGAACGUGAACACUUCUGCCGCUGCCAGGAGCGGUCUAUCGCAAGCAGCCUUGCUCCUUAGCAUUUUGUUCUUGGCCAUGCAAAGACAAUGGAGAUAAUUGUGCAGCAUAGGGGGGGGAAAGACUUUUAUUAUCAAAGGUAGAAGGCAUCUGCUUUCACUUUUAUACCAUCUAGAGACUUUGCUUUUUAAGUUAAUGGACAACAGUGUACAGUUUUUACUAUGUUGCCACUGGUUUUAAGAUACUGAUUUAUUUUUUUUUCCCUUGCUAUUCUGGGAAUAACAGGAACGGGGACUACCAGUCUAUCCUGUUCACCAAGAGUCCAUUUUAGAGGUGGAUAACAAAAAUGUAUAUACAAGCCUGUAGUUAGCUCUGCAUUUGUGUCUUUAUCACUUCUUUUUUUUUUUCUUUUGCUGUAUUUCUUACAAAAACAAAAACCCCAGGGUCUUCUCUUGGCCUGUAACAAGUAUGUGUUUCUGAAAUGAGAAAUAUCUGUACAGAAGCAGGUUUUAUUUAUCAUGUAAUCUUAUGGGGAAAAAAUAAUUGCCCAACAAGCAGAAAAUGUUUCAUGUAGUUAACUUCCCAUUUAUCCACAUUAUGUUAGUUGCCUUAUCUGGAGAGAGGUUGAAGUCAUUUGUCUUUAUUAUGUGGUAAAACAGAAGGUGAAGGCAGAGCUGGUCAGCGUGCCAAGGGCCCUGUUUGUAUAGGGCAUCAAUGCCAGGAGCAGGUUGUGCUUGCUUUACAGGAGGUUUGGUUAAAUUGGAAGGGACUACAGAGAAUUCCCGUUCUGCAGACGCUAAGAAGAGAUGUCAUUUGCUCCCCAGGAUCCUUACAAUUGGCUGUAACUCCCGUGGGUCAGUUCCUGAUGUGCAUCCCCCAUGGGAAUGAGGCAUUAAACUUGUUCGGUUGGAAGCAACUUGUCGUCUCGCAGAUCCAAAUGCCAGUUUGUGUCUUGUCUGCAAAUUUGUUAGGUGAAUGCUGGAUUGAUUUUUUUUUAAUUGUUUUGGUUCUGGUUUUAAGGAGUCCUUUGUGGGAGGGUAGAUGGGGGGGUUGGGUUUGUUUCUACAAGAGUUUUGUUUCCUCUCUGAUGGGGGCAAAAGGGAAGGAGCAGGCACUGUUGCAGGCAGAUGGGAGUAGGAGCAGGCAGGAGCUGGCAGGGCUGAAGACACCUCCUUUUUGGUGUUUGGCCUCCUGGGAGCUGAUGCCCAGCACCUGAAGCUUUUUGGCACUACCUGAGACACUCUCCUCUCUCUGCCUGUGCUGUUGCAAUUGGAACAGUGUUGUGGUGAACAGCAACUCAUGAAUAAAAGAAGUGUAUAUUUUUAAGAACAAAAAUGAAAUAAUUUUUAAAAGAGUUUAGCGAAAGCAGUGUCUUUAAAAAGACUCAAAAUUAUUCUGCACAUCUCCUGCUUUGGGUAGCCUUCAGGUCUGACUGGACACUGAGAUCUGGCCAGGAGAGCAAUCCAGAGAGAGAGAGGGUUUGCUCUACUCCACCCUUGUGUCAUAAAGGAUAAUUUUCUAUUUUUGUAUUGAAGCAUUAAUUACUUGUUAGCUCAGGGUCAGCAUUAUAUUCAACUUUAUUUUCACACCAAAUUUCUGCAAAGCUAUAAAGACGUAUUCUUGGCUGGUAUAAACAAUCCUGGAGGCUUAAUUUUACUAGAAGUAGCCAGUUAUUUAUUAAAACAUGAUGUUAGUAGAGUUAGGGAUAUUCUGGCUAGAUUAUUUUUCUUUAGAAAAUAAAUCAUGGAACCAUAAAAUUGAAAAAGUUAUAAAUUUAUGUGUGGGAAAAAGUGGAUUGUAAAUAGCUAAGUUGCCUUGCAAGGAAUUGGAAAAUGUGCUGAUACUUAGAAACUACCUCAGUUCUGAGGAAUUUCCUUUCUAGCUUUGAGUGCUAUUGCAUUUACUUGGUAGAAGUGAAUCUGGUCUCCAGUAUGUAGCUGAAAGAGUUAUCCCUAUAGACCUUGUUAGAUUGUUUUUAAUUUAGAGGGUUGAACUACAUCCAGCUGUUUUCUUUCAGCUAAGUUCCCUAACAAAGAGAAUUUCUGAAUUAAAUAUUACUGAUGGUUUCCAUGACUUUUCCUGAUUUGUUUGGUUUCAUGGCAUUUUCUGAUUGCCCUUUAAUUAUUUAAAUGGUUCUAGCCAUUUGAAUUUUAAUCCUGAAAUAAACCUUAGAUGCACUACCAUUGUAAAUAUAUCGCAGUAAGGUCUGACUGGAUAACCCUUCUGGCUCAUACCCAGCUGGCAGGCCAGCAGAGCUAAAUGAAGAAAAAAAGAAUAAAAAAAUAAAACUUCUUCAGAGUUCAGAGAUUGGUGGAACAAAAGCUCUUGUGUUGGGAGGGGCUGCCUGCUCCAACAUCUCCCUUCUUGGCGUAAGUGUUCAUAUGUAAGAAAGUUGCUUGUAAAUUCUCCUGCUUCUGAGCGUUUCUGCUCAGAAAAGAAAAACACUUCUGAAUUUAUAUUUAUCGUUUUACAACUAAUUGCUUACUAAUUAUUAUUCCUUAAUUUGUUACAAGCCACCAAUGGAAAGACCUGCCAUCAAUUUUAGGUGUGUCCAAUUGACUUUGUUAAUAGCACAGUGAUCUUCCACUCUAUAAAGGACAGAUUUGUCACCUGGGGCUACAGGAAACAAGAGUAAACAUCAAUGUAGGAUGAUCAAAA